CUGAUUUAUUUGUAAAGAAAGGAAAAAGAGAUGGAUAAGUACGAGACGGUGAAAGAUAUAGGAUCCGGGAACUUUGUCGUUGAGAGGUUGAUGCAUAACAAAGAAACCAAAGAACUCGUCGCUAUGAAGUAUAUCGACCGUGGACAAAAGAUUGAUGAGAAUGUGGCUAGAGAGAUUAUAAAUCACAGAUCGCUACAUCAUCCUAAUAUAAUUCGGUUCAAAGAGGUGAUUUUGACUCCCACACACCUUGCAAUUGUAAUGGAGUAUGCAGCUGGUGAUGAACUCUUUGAGCGAAUUUGCAACGCUGAACGAUUCAGUGAGGAUGAGGUUGGUUAGUUUUAGUUUCUGAAGCUUUUUAC